AAAGUCCAUAAUUUGUGAGAAUAUUGUAGGGUAAUAAUUUCAUUUUAUUUUUAUGUGAUUCUAUUAAGUUUUUUUUUUUACAAAAAGUGAAAACUGGCGUAGGUUUAUGGCGAUGGUAGACAGUGAAACAGAGAGUUCUCUCGUGAGAAAAAAAUCCAACGCUUUCUCUCAUCAAGUUCAAACGCUUCGCAAGUCUCAACUAAAGUGCUGCAAAUAAAUGAUUUUUAUUAGAUUUUUUUUAAAAAUAAAAAUAGAUAGAACACAAAGAUCGCAUUCAAGAGAUCAUCGGUACUAAUACAGCUCGGCAAAACACGUUUAACUCUAACACAACGUGCAAAUAGAUCACGUUGAUCAGUUCGAUCGGGAAAUUGAUAUUUUAUCAGUAGAAGAGCUUUUAUAUUAAACUAAUUAUUAGUUUUCCCCGUUUUCCCUAAGUAAAGCAACAACAGAACAUAGAUCGAGAGACUGUCCAUGCCUUAUGUUCCAUAUUAAAUAUCAGGGACUGCAAUAUUUAUUUAAUUAUUUUAUAUACAAGUCUGUUUCGGAAAAUAAGAAAAAUAAACAAAUUUUUACAAUUUUCCUUGCAAUCAACAUGUUACUCACGCCUGUCAGGCACUCUUGAAAUUUAAUCUGAUUGUGGCGAUGAAGAAUCGCAUUCAAUUACAGCAAUGGAAAUACUAUCUUUUAAAAGGGAAUUACUAAUGACUCACAGCUAUGCGCAAGAUAAGAAAUAAAAUGAACACAAAUAAGAAAAUUACUUGAUAGUGUUGCUUGUGUUACACAAACAUUGCUAGAUCACUCAUUUUAUCUAAUUUCACAAGUUUUACGCAUGCGUUGUCUAAAAGAGAUAAAAGUGAUUCCGCGAAAGAACGUUGUGCAUUAUAUAUUGUACAAGAAAUACUCUAAAUAAUAAUAAAGUAUUAGUUUAUUAUAUUUUCUUUAUAAAAAAAUAUGUUGUAUGAUUAAAAGUUCCGCCGCAGAAGUGGUUGUUUUUGGAAAUAUUAAUGCGAGUAAAAGUUAUCACGUGAAUUUAAUAACAUCAAUUAUUUACGUCGACAGUUAUGACCUCCAAUAAUUUCUUUUAAAGAAUGUCAAAAAGUGCUUUUUUAGUGGUUUUAACCACAUAGUAUGCAUAACGUUCUUUUGCUGAUAAUAAGAAAAAUGCUUGACAAUGCAUAUGUGCGUGGCCAUUUUAUAGAUAGCAAAUAAUUUAUCGAAAAGUGACUUUAUAAUGAAAAGUUCAUUAAGUGAAUAUCAUUGCAAUUAAAGUCAUUAAGUGAAAGCAACAAUAUUGUAAAUGUAGUAUGUCAUAAACAUUUUCUAGAAUUUAUAAAUUUAUUGUUGGAGAAACUUGAAUUAUUAAAUAGCAGAUUCAGUUUACUUGAAUUGGAAAAAUGGGGUGUUGUUCCUGUUGUGCCGAAGAGGCGCCAAUAAAGCGCAAUGGGCGCAACACUGAAGAAGAUGAUAGAGUUAGAGAAGAGAGUGAUACACUAUUGUAUAGCGAGCCUAUGAAAUAUGACCCAAAUUUCAAAGGACCACUGAAGAGUCGCUCAUGCACUGAUAUAAUAUGUUUGCUCCUAUUUAUGCUCUUCCUCAUUGGAUGGGGUAUAGUUGCUGCGUACGCAUAUAAAAAUGGUGAUUUAGCACGUCUCCUUAUGCCAACUGACUCCCAGAAUAAUCGCUGUGGGGUUGACAGUAAUGUGCUCAAUAAGCCCUAUCUCUUUUUCUUUGAUCUCUCACGGUGCGUGGAUAUUACGACACCAAUCAAUGGAUGUCCCACACCACAGGUUUGCGUGGAAAAAUGUCCAGAGAGCUCUUUUCUCUUCGACAUGGUAUCUGAGAGUGAAUCAAUUGAUAAUCUGAGGAAUCUUCUAAUCUGUGAUGCCACCGUCAAUAAAAAUGAUAUCACAUCGUAUGCAAUAGCCAAAGAAUAUGUAGAUAACAAUCGAUGUGCUCGGUGGUAUCUUCAGAGUGUUCCAUUUUAUGGUCGGUGCAUUCCAUUUGAUUUUGAAAGUGCUAGGCAAAUUUUAGAAACAAUUGCACUUGAAUUGCAAAAUCUCAUACAAGCUGUGGAUCAUAUUAAAAUCCUUGCUACCAUCAAUGGGGUUGGUCAGAUGGUGGUUGAAGAUGUUAUGGAUUCAUGGUUGACAAUCCUAAUUUCUCUGGGCAUUACAAUGAUAGUUUCGUUGCUUUUCAUUGUAAUAAUGAGAUGGGUUGCCGCUCCCGUGAUUUGGUUAACAAUAUUCGGUGUUAUUGGAAUUCUUGGAUACAUUAUUUACUACAGCAGUACAAUGUACAUUGAAUUAAAAGACAAUCCCGUAUACACCAGUGCUCCUGGAACAAAUAUUAAUGCACUAAUCAAAUCUUACUUGGACAACAAAAAUACUUGGCUGUACAUUCUCAUUGGCGUAUCUAUAAUUCUUUUGAUUAUAUUGUUACUGGUUGUGGUACUACGAAAGAGAAUCGUGAUUGCAAUUGCACUUGUUAAAGAGGGAAGCAAGGCAGUAAGCUCAACGACAUCAACAAUAUUUUUCCCACUGUUUCCUUGGACACUUUACCUGCUCGUGAUUGCUUUUUCGGUUGCAGUAGGUCUCUACUUGGCAUCUGUUGGAGAUCCCGUUUACCGUGUUGUGGGACUCAAUGAAACAAAUCCAGAUGGAUGCGUUUGUACAGGACCACCUGAAGGAAUUUAUCAAAAUGGUCAUCAUUGCACCCCUGACUUAUUCCAACAGCAUUGCCGGGAACCUAUUACCGGCUCAUUCUUUCAGCAGAGAAACGGUCAAUGUCGCACAGCAUCAUGCCAUUUUCAGUACAUUGAUAGCCCAAAAAUUGUUGGGUACUUCCAUGGGGUCAAUGUUGUGGGAUUCUUCUGGUUACUCUUCUUCGUAUCAGCCUUCAAUGAAAUGGUUCUUGCAUCGGCCUUUUCAACGUGGUACUGGACUUUCCACAAGUCUGAUGUUCCCUUUUUCAACGUAACAAUCUCCAUGGGACGGACAAUACGAUACCACCUAGGAACACUAGCAUUUGGAUCACUUAUCAUUACAAUUUGUCGGAUUAUUCGAUGUAUUCUGGAAUAUAUCGAUCACAAACUCAAAAAAUUCGAUAAUGAAGUUACAAGAGCAAUUUUAUGCUGCUGCAAAUGUUUCUUCUGGUGCUUGGAAAAGUUCCUCAAGUUCUUGAACAGAAAUGCCUACAUCAUGUGCGCAAUUCAUGGGAAGAAUUUCUGUUCAAGUGCCCGGGAUGCUUUCAAUUUGCUCAUGAGGAAUUUCUUGCGUGUGAUAACGCUGGACAAGGUCACAGAUUUCCUCUUCUUUAUGGCCAAAGUACUGAUUGCGGCAGGAAUGGGAGUAGCAACGCACUACUUCCUCAAGAGUCCGCACAGUACACUCGAUCUUAAUUAUACAUUCGUCCCCGUAAUUAUUGUAGCAGUUGGGAGCUACCUCAUUGCAUCCAUAUUCUUCUCAGUGUAUUCCAUGGCUGUGGACACACUCUUCCUGUGUUUCCUUGAGGAUACAGAGCGGAAUGAUGGAUCACCUGAGAAGCCCUACUUUAUGUCUAUGGAGCUCAUGAGGAUUCUGGGAAAGAAGAAUGAAGUGCCCCGCCACAGAUAUCGAUAAGAAGAGAUUUGCGUUUAUAAGAUUAAUUUAAAAUAGAGAAAGGAAAGAGAAGGUUGAUCUUUCAGCAGUCUAAGACUGUAUGUUCAGCAAGUUCCUUUUUGAACUAAACUAGUAUGUAUGUGAUUUUUCUAAAAGAUGUAUUAAAAUUUAUAUUAUAUAUAGAAUGUAUACACGGAGGGUUUUUCGAAAAGGACAGUCUCUUUAAAUCUGUUAUGGGAAGAAUGCAAUAACUAAAUAAAGAAAAUCAAAGCUCACAAAAAUAUCAAAGGCUAAAUAGAAUGUGAAAUGUUUAUAUACCUAGUUUUGUUUUGUACAGGAAUGAACAUAAAUUUAGGUCACAUGAAAAUGUUGUAUUAUUAUUUUAUUGUAUCACUGAGCAGUAAAAUAAAAUUUUGGGAAAGUAUGUACUGUA